ACUGAAGUCAAUGUCAAAACCACGUCAAAACUAGUUUCCGUUUCAUUUUCCUUUCAGUUUGACUCCAUUUUUAUUUUAGCGAGGUUAAAAAGAGGAUCAAAAUGUCUUCUCAUUUAGUUUGGGGGAUCAUCAGAAAUAACAAUGCUUUCCUUCUGAAGAAGAGGAAUAUUUCAAAACCAUUCAGCACGGAACCUAACAACUUGACCAACCUGAACUCUUACAGAUACAAUGGACUAAUUCAUAAAAAAUCUGUUGGGAUUGUAGAUUCUCCUGACAAGAAAGGCUUCACAGUAGUCUACAAAAAAUCCAGCAAACAAAAUAAACCUAAGCAAGCUAGUGUGAAGAGAACAAUGAAAUCUGGUCCCAGAAGAUCUCUGUACAAGUUGAAGCGUCUGCUGAACUGCAAUAGAUACCGCACAGACCUUACCAAGGCUGCCCUCCGUAGAGCUAGUGCUGUAUUGAGGUCACAAAAACCAUUACCUGCUAAGAAGCCCAAGGCUAAAAAGGAAUGAGAACAUAUUUUUUGACCAAUAAAAAUAAUAUAAAAUGAACCUGUUUUCACUUGAAACCUAACCAUUUUACGUAAACUGCAAUUUUUUUAAUCGGUAGAGCUCUUUCUUCCGAUUUCAGAUAUACAGGACGUUUCAGAUUCAAAUGUAUGUACGACACCUGCCGAUGUAGGACACACAUUGAUAUGUCUACCUUCUUUUAUAACUGAAAUACAGGACGUUAUCUUGAUUUUGGCAAAUUAUAUAUGAAUCAGCUAGUUUCAAAUCCCGACAAGUCCAUUUUUGGUGAAAAAUUAGUUAGAUACGGCAAUGGAUUCCUGUGAUGGUCCUCAACGAUAUUGAUUUCAGAACUACACUGCAAAACCCACCAAACUUAAAUUCGUUGACUAAUUGGUGUAAGUGUAAUGAAUUGUACUUGAAUACAAAUAAAUGUAAAAUCAUGAUAUUCACUCGUAAAAUCCUACCAGUAACAUUCAACUAUAUACUAGAUGGUGAAAGUUUAACGCGGAUCACGGAAUCAAUGGAUCUAGGGGUUCAGUUUGAUCAAAAACUCACGUUUUCCAAUCACUUUCAGGAUAUGAGAUCAACUUCAAUGAAAAAUUUGGGUUUUACCCCUAAAUAUUCAACGGUUUUUUUAUUUCAACAUUUGAAAUUCCA